CUCGUAACCCCCGACACCCACAUCACAACACAAACAAUGAGCGGGUUCGAGCAGAACCGCAUCUACUCGGUCCAGGUCUUGGAGGGGGACCAGGGCGUCGACUCGCCCGCCGAGACCGAGGCUCAGUUCCUCCGGUUCCUCUCAGAGUUCCGCGUCAACCAAGAGUUCAUCUAUCGUGACCGCUUGCGCUCCUCCCUCCUCCUCCAUCAUCACACCCUCGAGGUCGACCUUAAUGACCUCAACCUCUUCGAUGCCGAGCUCGCGCAAAAGGUCCGCGACAAGCCCGGAGAGAUGCUGCCUCUCCUCGAGAGCGCGCUCCUCCGCUUAGCUCGCACCCUCGUCAGCCCGUCCACCGAGCCUGGUUCGUCGACCGCCGCCGAGCUCGUCCCCGAGAUGCAGGUCACGCUCAAGAGUGGAAUGAACAUGUUCCAGUUCCGCCAGCUGAGCGCCGACACGCUCACUACCCUCGUCCGUCUCCCCGGUAUCGUCAUCAACGCGUCCCAGCUCUCGGCGCGCGCCACCGAGCUCCACCUCCAGUGCAAGUCGUGCCGUACUGUCAAGGUCGUCAAGGUACCCGGUGGUAUGGGCGGUGAACGCGCCGCGCUUCCGAGGCGGUGUGACGCGCCAGCGGCCGACGGCCAGAAGAAGGACUGUCCCAUGGACCCCUAUGUCAUCCUCCACGACCGCUGCCGCUUCGUUGACCAGCAGACUAUCAAGCUCCAGGAGGCCCCCGACAUGGUCCCUGUCGGAGAACUGCCCCGUCACAUGAUGCUCCAGGCGGAGCGCUACCUCAGCGGCAAGGUCGUCCCAGGAUCGCGCAUCAUUGCGACUGGCAUCUACUCAACCUUUGCGCCUACGUCGAAGAACUCCAAGAACAGCGGCGCGCCGGCCCUUCGCCAGCCUUACCUUCGCGUCCUCGGCAUCGAGAUUGACUCGUCGGUUGCCUCGUCUCCCGGAUCGCGCGUCUUCACGCCCGAGGAGGAGGAGCACUACCAGCAGCUUGCGCGAUCAGACGGCCUGUAUGAGCGCUUCGCCCAGUCCGUUGCGCCAAGUAUCUACGGCAACCUUGACAUCAAGAAGUCGGUGACAUGUCUCCUGAUGGGCGGAAGCAAGAAGAUUCUUCCAGACGGCAUGCGGCUUCGUGGCGACAUCAACGUGCUUCUGCUCGGUGACCCCGGAACUGCCAAGUCUCAGCUUCUCAAGUUCGUUGAAAAAGUGUCGCCUAUCUCGGUGUACACGUCGGGCAAGGGGUCGUCGGCGGCUGGUCUCACCGCGUCUGUCCAGCGUGACCCUAUCACUCGCGAGUUCUACCUCGAGGGAGGUGCCAUGGUGCUCGCCGACGGCGGUGUCGUGUGCAUUGACGAGUUUGACAAGAUGCGGGACGAGGACCGUGUGGCCAUCCACGAGGCCAUGGAGCAGCAGACCAUUUCGAUUGCCAAGGCGGGUAUCACCACGAUCCUCAACUCGCGAACAAGUGUCCUCGCUGCCGCCAACCCCGUCUUUGGUCGCUACGACGACAUGAAGUCGCCCGGCGAGAACAUCGACUUCCAGACUACCAUUCUGUCCCGUUUCGACAUGAUCUUCAUUGUCAAAGACGAGCACAACGAGGCCCGUGACCGCACCAUCGCCAAGCACGUCAUGAACAUCCACAUGAACCGCGAGGCCGGCGAGGACGUGAUUGGUGAGAUCGACAUCGACAAGAUGAAGCGCUACAUUGCGUACUGCAAGAGCAGAUGUGCGCCCCGCCUGUCACCCGAGGCGUCCGAGAUGCUCAGCUCGCACUUUGUCAGCCUGCGCAAACAGGUGCAGCAGGUGGAGCGGGACAAUGACGAGCGCAGCUCGAUCCCCAUCACUGUCCGUCAGCUCGAGGCCAUGAUCCGUAUCUCCGAGUCGCUCGCCAAGAUCACGCUCUCGCCGCAGGUCGGGCCGCACCACGUCGAGGAGGCGAUCCGUCUGUUCAAAUACUCGACAAUGGACGCCGUCGCGGCCGGGCAGGUAGACGGCAUGUCGCGCGCCGAGCUGCAGGACGAGAUGGAGCGCAUCGAGAAGGAGCUCAAGCGCCGCCUGCCGAUUGGCUGGAGCACGAGCUACCAGUCGCUCGUGCGCGAGUUUGUCAACCAGCAGGGCUACUCGCAGCACGCACUCGAGCGGGCCGUCUUUGUGCUCGAGAAGCGCGAGGUCAUCCGGUUCUCCAACCAGAAGAAGGUGGUCAACCGUGUUGGCGUCUAG